UCCAUAUCCAUCUCGUCUCUUCCGCCAUUGCUAAGAAAAAUAAAUCUCAAAUCCCCUCUCCACUCUUCAGCUUAACCUCACGGCAGGGGGGAAAGAAGCAGAUCAGCGAUCAGGAUCCAGCUCCACUCCGGCCCGCCGCUUCCGACCCAUCGGCAUGGAAGAGGAAGUUGACAGUGGCACCAACAUGGUGGAACAAGAGGACAACACUGGCAGCCUCUCCCGCGCACAGGUCUCACGUACAAGGCCGAAACGGCUCCGAUCGAAGGUGUGGGAUGACUUCACACCCAUCUAUGUUGGCGGGAAGAUCGCCAAGGCUGAGUGCAUGCACUGCCACCAGGUGCUCAAUAGCAACAGCUCAAGUGGCACUAGCAACCUUCUUAAGCACCAGUCCACUUGCAGCCCCCGAGCCAAGAAGAAGCCAAUGCACCCGUCCAAGGGCUCUGAUCCGACACAGAGGAAGCUAUCGUUCUUUCCCACCAGCCAGAAGAAAUACUUGGACACAGCAGAUGCAAGGCCUGAGAAGAAGGAUCUUGAUUUGCUUGACAUUCCUAAUGACACUAAUCAGAAGAGUCACGAGGUUAACCAGAGUGUGUCUCAUGAGGAACUUGGAGCACCUGAGCAGAAUGAUAUUGCGUUGCCUGUCCUUGGUGCUGACACCAAAAUAACGGGUCAACAAGUUGAGCAAAAUGAGUCGCAUGACGAACUAGCUACUGCUGAGCACACCAGCCGUGCCUUGCUUGACAAUCACAUUGACAAUAAUACAAAGAAUCAGUCCCAUGAGGAACUUGCACUGCCUGAACAGGUCAUUCCUACUGACACGAGCCGGAAGAAUCAGGAAGCUUGUCAGGAUGGAUCCGAUGCUGAACUUGUUAGGAAAUUGGCAAUACACGGUUACCUUCCCUCGAUGAUGGACCAUGGAGGACUCAGAAAGUCUGUUGGUUUUUUGAAUCCCACGGUCAAAAUACCAUCCUAUGCUGACUUGAUGUCUACAUUUUUGGAUGUCUUUGACAACGAAAAGGCCAAGCUGAAGGAGAAGUUUGCAGCUCUGUGCAGUCGGGUUUGCUUGAGUGUUUAUGUUUGGCACUAUGAUCCAAUCUCUGCGUUCUUGUGCUUGAGUGUGCAUUACAUUGAUGAUGAAUGGGAGAGGCACCAAAAGAUCAUCACAUUUCGUGCCAUGGAUAAUAUUUGCAAUGCUGAAGAAAUGAGUGAUGUUAUAUUGAUGGUCAUUCGAGAUUGGGGUCUUUGUGGAAAAGUUUUCAGCAUUAUACUGGAUGAUGCAAUCAUUGAUGAUUCAGUGGCUUCAAAUGUCAAAGCACAUCUCCAGAAAGAGAACUCAAGCUGUGCAGAUCGGAGCUUAUUUGUGGUACGUUAUGGAACUCAUUUACUUGAUCAGGUUAUUCAGGUGGGGCUUGAUGAACUUGACAAAAUCAUGGAGAAGUCAGCGAACUGUCCUAAACAUACGAUGGGCCCUAACUCUUCUGCAGUGCACUAUCCGAACUACAAAUAUGCACCAUCUCAAGAAGACUGGGGCGAGGCGCGUAAGAUGUGUGAGACCUUGGAGGAGUUUCAUCAGUACAUGGACACAAUUCAGUGUCUGCAUGCUCCAGACCACUUAUUUGACAAGAUACAAGAUGUGAAAAGUGAUCUGCGUCACGGACUUAAGUACUAUGGGGAUGGAUCAUAUUCCAAUAUGCUAAAGAAGAUGCAGCAGAUAUUCAAGAAAUAUUGGAAAUUCUGUUGCUUACAUUUAUGCAUGCCUCUUGUCAUGGAUCCUUCAUACAGUCUGAAACACGUCACCAAUUCUAGGCAUUGUUAUAAAACUGACACAGAUGGCUAUAGCGAUGAUGUGUGUGACACAUUGCUCAGACUCUUCUAUGAAUAUUCUGGUCACGCGGAAGACCCUAGCUGCACUUCUAGUAAUGAAGAUGAUUUAUCAUCGGCAGAUUGCGAUCAUUAUGGAGACCAAUGUAGUAAAGUGCGACCAAUGACAGAACUUAAUCAGUACCUCCAUGAGCGACGUUACUGUAGAGGUCAGAUGAGUGUUCUUCAGUGGUGGAAGGAGCAUAAACUGACCUAUCCUACAAUUGCUCGAAUGGCACGUGAUAUAUUGGCUAUACCAUACAGGACCGAUUACGAGGUAGCAACAACAACUGCCAAACUUGCAAUCUGUGAGUCAGGCCAUAAACACUGGGUUGAGCAGGUUGUCUGUGCUCAAGAUUGGUUCGGACCUGACCGUUCUGCAAGCGAGACAUCAACCAAUGAUCUUAUUGACUGAGUAAUUGAGCCUUCCUAAUCUUCCAUGAAUUUCGUAGUUUCGUGGAAGGAGAUGCAGAAUUCAAAGGCAAGAAAUGUGCCUUUCUUCAGAUGAUUUUAGGGACGCAUUGUCAGCAGUUUUAGGCGUUUAGUUACUGAUGGUGGAGGUGUUAAUGGUGCUUUAGUAUGUAUGUGUUGCGUGAACUGGGGGAGCUCUAGUUUCAGAUACUUUGUCAACAUCUCAUCUAAUGAUACCUGAUCAUGAUGUUUAUAUGCUCAACUAUAUUAUCUUCUAGUACCUGUAGUACAUUUCUCUACUCUCGAGUCUUCUUCUGGUUUCCGUUUUUUGCAAUCUCCGCCACCAGUUUGAGUGA